CACAGUAUAACAGCAGCAACCACGAGGAACCCGCUAUCAAAGUUUACGUAUUUAGACGAGCUAGAGACGAAUUUUACAAUCAUGUUUAAACCCGUGAUAUUCUCAAUCGUUUUGAUCUUGGCGACCGCGCAGGCAGCACCGGCUGCCACGCCAGAGACUGCAAAACGCGAUGCUCAAACCCCGGCCUCGACAGCCAAGCUGACACCCAUCGUCGGCCCAAUAGUGUCGCCAAUUGCGCAUAUUCCUUUGGCCAGAGCCCCAAUACUUCCUCAGGUAUCUCCUUACCAGUACGCCUACUCAUAUCCGGCGCCGAUAGCACCGGUUGCCUAUGUGCCAGGCGGCUAUUCCAUUGAGCAGCACGGCUAUAACAUUGCUUACUGAUUACUGAUGAUCGAGUCCGAUCGGUAAGGGAUUGGCUUGAGAAAACACUGCAGCGUUGAUAAUACACCACGUUAUAUGCAUACCAUGUAUCGAUAUAAGCUUAAUUGUUUCAUGAAAUGUAAUAAAUGAUCGAAUAAAUUGAUAGCAUUGGAUAAAGAA